CCCGUAGAGAUGUGUACAGGAGGAGAAGGGAACGGAUUGCUAACCGAGCUAGCCGGAGCCUCCCGAUUAGAGAAACGCCGCCGAACGUGGUCAUGUUGCACACGGUAGGCUUCAUUUCGUGAAAAGAGCCCGCUUUGGAAUACCUGCCCGGCCGUUAAGGGGCCGAGGGGACUCGCUUUUUGACGGAAUAACAAAGCCGGUGUGUGAGGAUUGCAAAUCUGAGCCGUGCGAGUCAACGUUAGCUGGCCUAGCCGGACUCGGGAGCUCGUCUCCCAAAACAAGAAUGGGGUCUAGGUCCGCUCGGAUUAGCUUGCUAGUAAAGUGACCUCUGAUUGUAUUCUCUGAUGGCAAAUUUCACGAACUACCAGGAAGGCAAGGCAGCGAUGUUGAUGGUGGAGACGCAGCAGAGGGACAUGGGGACGAAAGCCGCGGCCGCAAACGGAGACGGCUCGGUCGGGGAACCCCCUUCCCCGUUAAUUAAUAUCGGCGGCGGCGGAGGAGUCGGAGGAGGUGGCUCUCGUUUCCACCAACAUUUACCGCCCUCCAACCACCUCCAACAUCCGCACCACCACCCGCCGAAGGAUCAGCAGCAGCACCAUCACUACCAGCUGGCCCCGCAGCAGCAUCUUUCCGGGGAAAACACCGCAGAGUCCCCGGGCAGGAAAGCCUCCUCCUCCUCGUCCCUCAGCCAGGUACACACCGCCGAGGACCCCGCCGCUUCCUCCGCCGCUAGCGGCAGCAGCCAUGUAUACGCGGCGGUGAAUGUCGCAAAUACCUCGGACGUUGUGGAUGAUAUUCGGAAGUGUGGCUAUCUGAGGAAGCAGAAGCAUGGACACAAGAGGUUCUUCGUGCUCCGGGCUGCCAGCCACCUUGGGCCGAGCCGCCUGGAGUACUACGACAGCGAGAAGAAAUUCAGGAACAGCCUGCGCUCCGCUGCCGCGGCCGCCGCGAGCAGUGGAGCGGUUGCCCCUUCUCCCCCGAAAAGGGUGAUUUACCUCUAUCAGUGCUUCACGGUGAACAAAAGGGCCGAUUCCAAAAACAAACACCUCAUUGCCCUUUACACUAAGGACGAGUACUUUGCCAUCGUGGCUGAGAACGAGCAGGAGCAGGAGGACUGGUAUGUAGCUGUGAGUGAGCUGAUGAGUGAAGGCAAAAAGGGCCACUUGGAUUCAGAUGAUCUGGAUGAUGGAUACGGUACGGUCACCCCCGGUACUGUGUUCAAAGAGGUGUGGCAGGUGAAUGUAAAACCUAAAGGACUGGGUCAAACUAAAAACCUCACAGGUGUUUACCGGCUAUGCCUCUCAACUAAAACCAUUCACCUCGUUAAGUUGAACUCUGAGACCCCCUGUGUGAACCUCCAGCUGAUGAACAUUAGGCGCUGUGGACAUUCAGAAAGCUUCUUUUUCAUCGAGGUGGGUCGCUCCUCUUCUAUUGGGCCAGGGGAGAUAUGGAUGCAGGUGGAUGAUUCUGUUGUGGCCCAAAACAUGCACGAGACCAUCCUGGAGACAAUGAAAGCCUUGAAAGCUUUUGCGGAGUUUCGGCCAAGGAGCAAGAGCCAGUCAUCGGGCUCCAAUCCCAUGUCAUUCAUCACGACCCGGCGCCACCUGGGCAACCUGCCACCGAGUCAGACUGGGCUGCAGCGGCGGUCGAGGACAGAGUCAGUUGUCGGGACGCCACCAUCAAGUAAAAGCUCCGGGGCUAGUGGUUAUCGCUUCCGUACAUCCAGCGAGGGCGAGGGUACGAUGAACAGGCCGUUCCGCUCCACCACAGGAAGCCUGGUGCACCUGAACUCAGCACGAGCCCACCAUGGUCGCCAGGAGGGGAGCGGCAGUGGGAGCAGUGUAGCCACAGGAAAUGCUGGCACCAGCACUUGCAGCGGGCGCUACAUCAGAGCUAUCCCAGGUUCGUCAUCCACCUAUCACGCCCGCUCUGCCUCGCUUCCAGUCUCCCACUUCCCCUCCACCACCAGCCCUGUCAGCGUCUCCUCCAGCAGCGGCCACGGCUCCGUCUCUGAUACUCUCACCCGCCCAUCAAGCGCCUCAAUAUGCGGCUCCCCAUCUGACGGAGGCUUCAACUCCUCAGAUGAGUAUGGUUCCAGCCCAGGUGACUUCCGGUACUUCCGGGUGCGGAGUAACACACCCGACUCUCUGGGCAACACCCCGCCAAUCAGAGAGGAGAACUGUCUGAAUGAUUACAUGGCCAUGGGCUGGAACCGGGAGGUGUUUGGUGCCGGUGGGGGUUCUGGAAACAACAGUGGAGGCGACACGCCGCGUGACGAGAGCACAUCAACAACAGAGGAUGAGCGCUUUUCUUCUUCAUCACUGAGGAGGAGGACGCACUCUUUCUCCAGACCUGCUGGCGGGGCGACUGGCGGCUCUGGAGUGGCAGUUUAUCAAAAAAUGACCCAGACCAACUUCUCAUUGGAUGAGGGCUCAGAUGUGGUGUUACCAUUCGGCAGUGGACUGCUUCGUGGUGGGCCUUCGUCCUCCUCUUCCUCACUCCGCUCCGACUACAGCUCCUGCUCUGAACACAGCCAGCAGAGCCGACCAUCCACGCUCUCCAGAACAGAGGCCGGAGCCGAGCGCCCACCUCUUUCCUCUUCCUCCGCCAAGGAGGACAGCGGCUACAUGCCCAUGAUGUGCGGCGUGGCUGCGUCUCCACGGGACACUCCCCCCAACUACAUGCCUAUGCAACCCACUUCUUACUCCCAUCAUAUCUCCCAUUCCCCUCAGUUUCACAGUCCAGCUUUAGCUGCCCGUUCAGCCCACCAUCACCCACAGCUCCAGUCUCAAUCCUCCACGGACUCCCAUGGCUACAUGAUGAUGCUCCCAGGGGGCAGCGGCAGCUCCUCCUCCCCAGUGCAGGCCUCUCCCAGCCCUCACAGCAACUCCAGCAUGGCAGGUGCUGGUGGGAGCGACAGCAUAGCAGAGAGACCUGAGAACGGUGAAUAUAUGGACAUGUCGUACAGCAGCAGCAGUGGACGCAAGCUCUCACAUGAAGGGGGCAGUGUGUAUUACGCACCUGGUACACCUGAGGGAACCCCAAAGUCUUAUAGCCCUUAUUUCUCCCUCCCCCGCUCCUAUAAGGCCCCCACCAGAGAGAGAGAUGAAAAAGAAUAUGGGGAAUAUGUUCCUAUGAGUUCUCCUGUCAAGCCAGUCUAUUCAUCAGUUGCCACAGCUUCAGUAUCAACACCAGAGAAGAGGGGUGGAGGAAGUAGUAGCACAUCCACCCCCUCUCACCCACCUCCGCCUUAUGGAGCCCACCAUACGACUGCAGCCAUGGCUGACAGGCGCAUUGUGAGGCCCAACCGCCUCCCUUUAGGCAGAAGGAGUUUCCACGGUCCUCUGCGGGUUAGUGAACCCUCCACGGCGUCUGCUGGCACCUCGACUUCAGUCCCUGCCACUGGCAGCUCGUCUGAAAAGCCUUCCAGUCCUGGAGAGUAUAUUAACAUCGAGUUUGGGGAUCACUACCCUCACCAACAGCAGCCCCCUGCUUACCCUCUCUCUGCCCAAGAUGAAGCGCCUUCCCUGGGAUCCAGCGACCACCGUCGCUCCCCUUCCCAGCCCCAAACUCACCAGGACUAUAUGAGUGUGGAGGUGGGGGCAGAUCAGCAGGACAGUGCUGGAUGUCUGGGUAAGAACCAGUCACCCAGGCCCAGCCUUGUUGCCCCCUGGAACCCACCCAGCUACAUCCGACCCCUGGCUAUCAAUCCUGGGGUGCUGGCCUCCCCUGGAGUGCAGGACGGAGGUCACUGGAGGUCGAUCGGGGAUGACUACACGGACAUGACAUUUAACCUCAGCAGAGGUGAGAGGACUCAAACAAGCCCCACAGCCAUGCUGCAGCAUCUCUGUGUAGUCGAGGGACGUUAUGGCCACGCUUCCUCCGCCUCCUCCUCUUCCAUUUCUCCUCCACUCCCUCCGUCGAGCCCAGGUAGGGCACCGACACACCAGCUAGAGCCCAAGGUGGUUCGAGCCGACCCCCAGGGCAGGAGGAGACACAGCUCGGAGACAUUCUCAUCCACCUCCUCCUCUAAUUCAACUCCCCCUGGAGGAGGACUCUGCCCCUCAUCCUCAGUCACCCACCCCUCACUGGCUAAUUCUGCAGCCCCCAACGGAUCUUACCUAACGGAGGGUCAGGCUUCCAGAUGGGCCAGCUCAGCAUCGUUCGACAGUGUGUGGAUGUCUGUGGAGGGUGUGGGGGACUCGCCAGCUCACCAUGCCCCAGCAAGAACCACAGAAAUGGGCCUGGGCUCCAGGACAUCGACAUCCUCCUCCUCCUCGGGGGCUGCAGCCAGUAGAAUGUGCAGGAACAUGUCUGUUGGUUACCAGAACGGCCUCAACUACAUUGCCUUGGAGCUGCGGGAGGAUGGGAGUAAUAUGGGAGCCAUGACGUCGGGCGCUGGUAGCAGUAAUGGGAGCACGGCGGCGGUGGGGACGGUGCCUCUGCCCGAGAAUGGAGCCUAUGCCAGUAUCGACUUCACCAAAUCAGAUGGAGUCACUACAACAACCAAGGACUGAGCGACAGAGGUUCCCACCUCUUCCUCCUCCUCAUCCUCAUCUCUCUGCUCGGGGCACUUGACUCUGUCACCUUUGGCCUCCCCGUCGCGACCUCUGACCUUCCUUCAGACUGAAACGCUGCCCCCUCCUGGACGCAGACAACAACAACAAACAUCACAACAUGACAAAAAAAACGCCUGCAGUUUUUUUAAAAAGUGUAUUUCAUCUUUCUUUUUCUUGUGUUUUAUAUGCAUUUUUUCUCGUCUUUUCCCCCCUCUCUUGCUGCCAGUGUUCGCUGCUCUUCCCUCCUCCGGUUCGACAGUGAAAUUUGACUGAGGGGCGUCAACACAACCGCUGAUUGUUCUUUUAUCAGAUGGUCCUGCUUCUCUGUACGCGAUUAAAAAGGGAAGUUGGAAUUCAAAGCAAAGGCAUUAUGGUACCGAUUUUUUUUUUUUUUUUUACUUAAAAUAUUAACUUUCAUCAUUUAUUAUUAUAAUUUUUUUUGAACUUACCCUAUGUGUAAUCCUUCCCCAGCACCAUAAAGUUAUUACAUUUUGGACAAAAUUGUGGUAGAAAAUUUCUAUUUUUUUUAAUUAAUUUACCAGAUUUUCCCCCCUUAAAUGGUAUGAGCUCGUGGCUGGGUCCAUUUUAGCUUCACAGAGGCGUUGCACAGGUACUGCGAUCUUUGGGUUAAUAUUUUGCACAGCGCUUUCUGCUCCGAAUACGACUUGGUUAUUAUGGGUUUAUCGUUGUACAAAUGCAAUGAGAAUUCUUAAAGCAUUACUUUUUUCAUUUUAAAUACUGUGUAUUAUUUAUUUAUUACAGCAGGUACAAAUAUUCCAGUACAUUUCUUUGUUUGCGUCUCUGACUGAUGGUACUCGGCAGGGCGGCGAAACAACACUGACAUGCUCAAAUCUGUCUUAUUUGGAAAAUUUUGCUUUCAUGCUGAGAGUUAAGAGAAGAUUAUUGUACAUGUUUGCUAAAUAUGAAGCUAUAGGUAACAGCUCGUUAGGUUAGCGUAGCAUACAGACUGGAAACAGCCUGUAAUCUGCCUGUUAGCACUACUAAAUUAACACACUAUUACAGUUGCUAAAGACAGUUUGCCCUUUUAUGAGGUGACGUGUCAUAUAUUUAUCACAAUGAUAAUAAAUAAUCACACGAAACACCCUGAAACCCUGAAAAUUGUAACAUUAUUUAACGGCAGUUAGAAGUGCUGCUAGCUCUUUAUGCUACGCUAAGGUGAUAUGUCAUGUAUUUAUAAUAACAAUAAUUAAGAAUCACAAGCAAAACACCCUGGAAAACAGAAGAUUAAUUGUUUCAGUCAAUAUAUAUAACAUUAUUUAGCAACUGUUAGAAGUGCUGCUAGCUCUUCAUGCUAAGCUACGGUGACAUGUUCAUUGAAUCAGAGUGAACCCGAAUAACUCUCGGCAAGAAAGCGCAUCAGUGUUUUGUUUCCUUUUAAAUGUCAAAUUAACAAAUGCAUGAGGAGGUUUUGAGAUGUGGCUGCUGUGGAUGGAAAAAAAUAAUAGUCUGAUUUCCCGCCCUGCUGGCUGCACAGAAAACAGUUCGGUAGAUGGAAGUAGGUGUUUUUUUUGUCGUUUGUUUUUUUACAUAUUCAGUUUUACCUCAUAUGGUCCGUAGCACAGUUCAGGUUAGUGAGGGAGAGUGGCACCAAUACACACCCACACACACACACACACACAACGAUGUGAAAGGUAAAAGCACAAAGUACAGACACUGGGAUGCAAACACAAGGCUAAUGCACACACAUGAAAUGCAAGUGCAUGGUAUGCUGUACUGUACUUUGGAGGCAGUGGCAUGUAUGCGCGCACACACACACACACACGGCUGUAUGUCAUGAAGACAUAUGCUACAGUCAUGUGGCGUGUCCCGUGCCUGCCCUUCUGACACACACACACACACACACACACAGAGUAGUCAUGCAGCCCUAUUUAGGUGAGGGUAGCUCCUGUGUUGCCCCCGUUUCGGCUCUUUGUCAGCCGCUCUUGAUGACGUCCAGGAUUUUUCACACACACAUAUACAUGCAGGGCUGUUCGUCAGUGGCUCCCGGUGACGUAAAGAGGCUUCCAGUAACCCGAGCUCCAGCCCCAGGUGGACAUAGUUGCCCCAUGACAACUAUACACACACACACACACACACACACACACACACACACACACACACACACACACACACACACACACACACACACACACACUCUUCAAUCAAUCCCACUCUUAGCCCAGGCCUGCUACAUUUACGCUUUCUAAACCACGCUACUCUCCCACAACGGUUUUCAUAGAGAAAAGUGCUCAAACACAAAGACUGACAGUCAGCGUGGGCCACAGAGUUUCAAGUUUUCUUUUUUUGUUUGGUAUUCACUCGUCUAAUGCUAACUUUGUCCUUUUUGUCAGCGCACUCUUUUUUUCUUUUUGUUGUUUUUGUAAUUUGCUUGGACAGAUGAAGGCCUGUCACUCUCGCUGCGCUUUUGUGUGGGACGCAUCGUCAUUGUCGUCCCUGCAGAGCUGGGAGGGGAGCCGAGGUAUCACGUCUAGUUUAAACAGAUCAGUUUUUAACUGCAGUAUCGCAGUAAAAAAGGUCAGUUUUCUGUGAUUGACAGCUCACUUGAUGCUCUCUGAACUGUACGGAUGCAGUGAACUCUGCACAUCUGGCUCUCCACGUUCAUCUCAAAGUCAAAAAUCUAGAUUGAGAACGUGCAAAAACACAUUUUCAGUUGUCACAGUUGCAGAAAUUUCUAAUUUUUUUUACUAUUUCAGUGGAGGCGAUGAAGAUAUUUUGUCAUAUCUUGCGCCCUUUUAUGAACUUCUUUUCAAAGUAUAUUACUUUAUGCACGCAAGCUUAAUAAAUACUUCUCGUGUGGUGCAAGAAAAACAAUUUCUCUGAUGUCAGGACUACAAAAACUUCACUUAAAGAAAUUGUCUGCUGCUAAAACUGAAUUCUCUGUUGUCUUUUAACGCCGUCAGUGUCUCACUUUAACAAAUGCCUAAAAUUCAGCUGGAACUGUAGCAUGUGCACCGAAUGGUUUCGUUUUAGUCAAACAGCUGCACCGAUUCAUGAUUUAUCCUUUCACUUAAUUUUAGAGAACAACAACAAAAAUCCAAAACCAAAACAUUUGCAGUUUUGAGUGGUUGCUGACAGACCUAUUGAGCUUGAAUUAACCAGUGGGUGUAGUUCAGAGUGUGUCAGGUUUGAGACUGACUAAUCGCUGAAACGUUCUAUUUCAUAAUCCGAGACAAAAAUCCCACCGACCAGCUACUUCUGAUUGGAACAAAUUAUCCCUCUUUUCCCACUGUCCCGGCUCCCUUUUCUUUCCAACCAAAAAUUUACUAAAAAAGGAGCGUCAAAGAGAAUCAGGAGGUAAUGAAAGCUUUUUUUUUUUUUUGUGGAGGUGAAAUCGGUACAGAAGAAUCAGAGAAGAAAAAAAGCCGCCUUCCUCAGCAGAUCCAUGGUCUGCAUUAAAAAUGCUCUCUGAAGAUUUUAUACCUGUGAUGUGUCUUAUAUGUACAUUAUGAACAAUUUGAGAUAUUUCCCUUUUUUUUUUGAGCGAACAAAGAAUUGAAUAUAAGAAUGUUUAGACAGUGGCUGCUGCCCCCCUGAGGCAAAAUGAAAAGAUUUAGUUUUACGUUUGUUUUUGUGUACUUACUAUGCUACGGCGACAUGUUGCUUUUGGUUUUUUUAAUGCUAAUGGCAAAUAAACGGUAGAGAUGCUAGAUUUUGGGGCGGCAUGGGGGUUUGUGGAAUGAUCGCCCUUUAAUUUAUUUGAAAAAUGUCGGACUUUAAACCCUCUUUUUUUGUCAUUACUGAAUUAAUUUACACAGAAUCUGUGCUUAUUUUGGCAACAAUUCAACCUCAAACUGUCCUUUUUCUUGUUCGGGGUGGAGAAAUGAAAAACACCUUUUGUUAUAUAUAUAUAUCUAUAAAUGUAGAUAUAUAUAAAUAUAUAUAUAUAUAUAUAUAUAUAUAUAUAUAUAUAUAUAAUCCUAGCAGAGAAGCAUCAUUAUGCAAACUUUUGUUUCCUUUUUUCCUCUAAUCUUUUGAUUUAUUUUGUAUUCUAGUUUACAGAGGGGAAAAAAAUCAUCUUAUUCUUGGUUGUUUUGUUGCAUCGGGGCGUGUCUGAAAAACAAAGUGACACAAGGGUAGUUUUUUUUUAAAGAGUACAUAGGCAUUUUUGCAGUUAUUUGUAUAAAGAAAAUGGGUUCCAACCGGCCUAAUGUUUAUUUUUUUGUAACUAUAUUACAGUUUAUUUGCUGCUGUGUAGUACAGUUAACAGUUGGAAAUGCUGUCGAUGAGGAUGAAGAUGAUGCCCUGGUAUCAGGGAGGAGAAGCAAAAAUUUAAUCCUACUCUACCCUGCUACCUGUGUUCUUAUUUUCCGAGUUGAAUGCUGUUGUUAAUUAGCUUUACAGGAAAGAAAGAGUUUCAAAAAAAAUAAUAAUACUGUGGAGGUGUGUAUCCUUCGUAUGUGCAUUAUUUUUCGGCGACGUACGUCCUAAAAAAAAAGAGAAAACUGUUGGAAAUGGAAAUCUUCCUUGUGUAAAUAAGGAAAACUCAACUUGUCGCUUUUUCAUGUUAUGAUCGGCGCCUCGGCAGGUGCCCCACCCGCUUUUUAUUUUUUGUUUUCAUUUCCUUCUCUUUCUUUCUCUUUGUUUCCUUGUGGAGGCAAAAGGGGGUUAGGAGGGCCGCUCAGAGGCGAUUUGAGCAUCGGCAUAGUGUUUAUAUUUAUCAAAACUUUUUGCUUUCGAUAGAGCUAUUGCAAUAAAAAUGUGUUCAUGUAACCGC